UUCAGAUUUAACAUUUUGUUAAGUCUAACCUCCAUAUACAGUAGCUAUUACCUCUGUUUUCACAUGAAACAUAGUCAGUCAUUUUUUUUGAAUGAGAACUUUUUUCUCAUUCACUGUUGCUUCACACCAUAAAGCAUUGGACAAUCUUGCUCUUGGAGCCAUAGCUGUGCAGUCCUCCCAAUAUAAUGACUUAGGAAGUCCAUUGAAAGAUAUAGAUGGUAACAAAGCAACAGACUACAGUUUUGGCUCAUGCACUCACACUGAAACUUGGUGGAAAGUGGACCUCGGUGAUGUCUACAGCGUAUCCAAGGUUGUCAUCACCAAUCGUGGAGACUGUUGUAGUGAGCGGAUAGAAGGUGCUCAGAUGCAUAUUGGUAGCUGCUUUAGGAACAAUGGCAACAAGAAUCUUGCCUCCAGACGCAAUACUGUACAGUCCUCCAUGUACAAUUACAAUAUGGGAUGUGCCCAGAAUACUGUAGAUGGAAAUAUUGAUCCAGAUUUCAUGGAGGGCUCAUGCCCUCACACCGUAACCGAGAAUAAUCCCUGGUGGAGAUUGGACCUGACUACAGUCUACAAUGUGGCCAUGGUUACUAUCACUAAUCGUGAAGAUUGCUGUAGCGAGAGGAUAGAAGGUGCUCAGAUUCAUUUUGGUAACAGCCUGGAAAACAACGGCAAUGACAACGAAAUCAGAUGAAGAACUUAUAACUCAGGACACUGGUGCUGUCACCGAUGAUGUGGAACCAAUAACUCAAUCUAAUUAUGUUACUGAUGUAGAACCCACAUCACAGGCCCCUCCUGUCAGUGUAUCCUAGCAGUUGCUUCUGGUGCCAGUGCUGUGCAGUCCUCCAAACACUAUGUCCAAAUGGAAUAUAACCAGCAUACAGUGGAUGGCAACAGUGAUCCAAAAUUUCUGGGGGCUCAUGCACUCACACUGCAACUCAAACUGAUCCCUGGUCGAGGGUUGACUUGGCAGCAGCCUACAAUAUAACCAAAGUAGCCAUCACCAAUCGUGAAGACUGUUGUGAGGAGUGAAUAAUCAGCGCUCCGAUUCCAAUUGGUAACAACCUGGAAAACAAAGGCAACAAUAAUGAGCUGUAAGAACAUUAUCAGUUUUGCAGGAAGCAUAAUUCUUUAAGGGUUAGUUCACCCCAAAAUUAAAAUUCUGUUAUUAUGGGCAAACAGGAUUUAGAAGCACUACAAUUUAUAUUUGCUAUUUACAUUGUUAUGCUUUAUUAAAUUUAUUAAAAUGUGUUUAUCUGCUGAUGGUAGCAUAUGAAUCCCACAUGAUUUAAAAAAGAUUUUGUAUCUAGGAUGGCAACUGUUGGUCCCAACCCAGUUAGUGGUACAGGAUCAUUUGCAUUCCAACAUUUUUCUACUUGGAAAUAAAAAAAUACUUAGAGAAUGCUUCUAGAUGGCAACAAAGAGUCAGAAUAUUUCAACGGCUCAUGCACUCACACUGAAGCUGAGAAGGAUCCCUGGUGAAGAGUGGAUUUGAUUGAAGUUCACAAAGUAACAAUGGUUACCAUCACUAACCGUGGAGACUGCUGUGAGGAGUGCAUAAUUGGAGUUCAAAUUCAUCUUGGUAACAGCUUGGAAAACAAUGGCAACAACAAUGAGCUAGUUGCUACUGUUGGACCUAUCCGAUCUGGUGGCAUGGAAACAUUAAUAUUUAACCCUAUUAAAUGUCAACAUGUUUCUGCCGGGGAACAAGAAAGUAGGCCUACUCACGCUAUGUGAGGUUCAGGUAUUUGCUGUGAAUGGAGACCAAAUGAAGCUCAAAUAUCUUUGAUACCAUGGAAAAAAGAUGACUUAAAUGUAAAUAUGAUAAAAGUGUUUAAAGUAUACUGUAAUUGUAAUGCACUCAUUCAUUAUGCAUUUUCUCGAUCUUUAAAGUAUAGACUUUGUUUGUGAGUACAUAUUUUAUAAGUAUGCUUAUUCAUGCCCUGUAAGUUUUGCUAAUAAACUAACUUAGGUGAAUUUCUCAUGAAAACUAUUUUAGCUAUACUGACUUAUGUGAAAAAGCUGUUAUUUGGUGCGUUCCUCUAUAAAUGAACAUGAAGUUUAUAAAUUCAUGUUCAUAGUGGCAGUACUGUAUGUGCCUUGGAAAACAAUUCACGUGGUCACAUUGUGUUGGUAUAUUAUGAACUGGUUGUUGAUAAGCUGUAUACUGUAGAUUGAACUGGUUCAGUCUUAUCAAUUUAUUUCUUUGAGCAAUCUUUUUUUAUUUUUUACUAUUUUGAAAUGUGUGAGGAAAAUGCUGUCAAAUGUAGAUAAAUAAUUGUGAAAUUCUCAGUAUUUCCACUUUUGUUUCUUGAUGUUGAUAAACCACCAUGCAAAUCAUUCCCUGCCUGAAACCAACCCUUUGCACAUUAUAUAACUUUAAAUCUUUGCAGGCAAUAUUAUUUAAAUGCUCUAAGAGUAUAAAUGUGUUUACAUGUUAUCGAGGGAAUUUAAUUUAAAUUAUAAUAUUUAAAAUGUAAUAUUUUAUAUUAAGUUAAAACCAUUAGAAGUAAACAUGCCAAUGCAAAGUAAGGUUGAAAGAACCCUGGAUCAACAGUUGCUCAUGCUUCACCCACACAAAUGCAAAUAUUUAGCAACUCUUAAUAAAUACUGUGAUCGACUGAUUGACCAAAGUCAGUUAGUCGCUGGCCAUAUAACCUAUCAUCUCAAUCUGACCAGCGUUAUAUAAGACAAACUUGAUGUGCCAAUUGUCACUAGGUAAAAAAGUGUAACUGAGAGUACACUUUUUUUAUAAGUAAUAACACAACAUUGAAACACACAUGAAUGUGGCAAUAUCUACAGCAAUGUGCAAACACUGUGGGAGGUUUGUUUCUGGUAAAUCACCAAAAUUGGGGUUCUCUUUAACUACAGAAUUGUGACCUUUCUCUCAAAGUAAAUAAAAGUGAGGAGGUUAUUGAAACACACACAUAUGUGCUGUAUUCUUAACGCUGAGAUAACCAUGACUGUGAUUUUGCUGCUCACAUUUCUGCCUGGGCUGUGUUUCUCUGCUUUAACAG